GACAUAUUUACAGUGAAAUGUCAGGUAUAAAUGCCAAUAAAAAGAAAAUAUUAUUUGCUGUAAUUAGGAAGUUUAAAUUUUAAUUCUAUAGGAAGUGUUUUAAAUAACACCAGGGAGGACUGGUUUUAUAUUAAAAUGUCAUGAAUUUUCCAACACAAGAAUUUAUGUUUGGAAGGCAAAGGGUCCGUCAAUGGGUAUCGCUUAUUACACAACAGUACCGCUUAAGGCAUGUGUACCAAAUAAUGGGUUUAAACUUAGGAACAGAUGAUACUGGUAGCUUCUACUAUACUCUUCAUCUUACAACAAUGAGUGCUCCGUUCUAUACAAGUGAAGAAAUGAAUAAUCCAAAUCCUAAAUGGUCUGAGCUAAAUUUAAAAGAAAUGUCAAAUCUCUCUGCCUCAUGUGUAGUGUUAAGAAUAUGGCAACAUUCCAAUGAUGGAGCUGAUAAGAUAUUGGUAACAUGGGGUGUCAAUUUUUCAGGCCUUUGUUAUAUUGGAAAUAAGAUUUCUGAUAUUCAACCAUACUUCUUUAAGAAUAAUUCUGUGAUAUUUUAUAUGCAAGGGGGUUUCUACACUAGUCAUGAAGUCAUUAGAACUGACCUGCAUAAACCUGUACCAUUUGUUAAUAAUCUCUUAGAAACUACUGGAAGUAAAGUUAUGUAUAAAAGAUUAGCUGUUAAGUCAUAUAGUCAUGAAAUCCAACAAAGUUAUAAUAUAGACAAAUUAAGGCAAUUGCAGCAAUUGCAAAUGCAAAUAAGAAAUAGACAGACAGAUGUACAGUAUAUUAAAGACAAAAUAAAUAUGGUAAAUGGAUAUAAUGCCAGUUUGGAAAAGGAUGUGUCUCCAAGUUCUGGAUCUAUAGGAAACAUUAGAUAUGCUCCACAACUUCUUACUAUGAAUUCUUUAAACAAAUUACUAUAUGAAAAACCAACAUAUGUUCAGAAACAAGAAAUGGCCAAAAAUACUAAAGAAAUAGAAAAAAUAAAAUUUAAGACUAAAUUGCUUUCCCAGGAGAAGGCCAAAAAAACUGUGAUAAUUAGGACCCUAAAACAAAAUUAUGCAGCUAUUCUAGAAAAAAAUGAAGAGAGAAAUUCAGAUUUGAUGGAAAAUUACCACAAGUUAAGCAGAGGCUCUGAAAAACUCAAAGAAUAUAAAAAGAACAUCCUACACCACAAAGAAAUUUACUCCAAUAUACAUUCCCAACUCCAGCAAAGAAGGAGACAGUUAUUAAGGGAACUGCUUUUUAUUUUUCCCAUUGAAAACAUCUGUGAUGAUAAAUAUACAAUUAUAGGAAUACACCUGCCAAAUUCAGAUGUAUUAGCAGAUUGUUCAGAUAAUGGUUUAUCUGUAGCACUGGGGUACAUAGCACAUGUUUUAAUAAUGUGCUCAACAUUUCUUCAAGUACCAGUUAGAUAUUCAUUGACCCAUUACGGUUCCAGAUCGUAUAUAGCUGAUAAUGUAUCACCUAUGCUUCUGGACAAAGAUCGUCUCUUUCCAUUGUUUACUAGAGGAAAAGAGAAGGUUCAGUUCACAUACGCCGUCUACCUACUCAAUAAGAAUCUUGCUCAGUUCAGAUGGCUUUUCUACAUGAAUACGACCGAUUUGAGAGCCACUCUGCAUAACCUCUUGACAUUUCUCCAGAAUCCCCGAGAACUUAGAACUGAUGCUUCCUCUUGUGCUUCUACGAAACCAAACCUCAACAUUCACAAACCAGUGAUACCUAUAGAAAAAACGGAACGGUUCGUUAGUCUACGUAGUUUUAGUUCUAUUUCAAAUGUAUCAGACCCACUUUUAGACUGCAUAAGACAAGAAAAUCGAUUAGAGAGAUCCAACAAUCCGAAUAGUAGAUUAGAAAGAAACCCCAAUGUAAAAAAAUGUACACACGGAGAAUGCGGAAAAGGUUUGGGCGAGAUAUUGGCCGUUCCCGAGGCCUAUAUGAAUCGGCAAAUUAGUUCGGAUUCUUUUAGAAACUUCGUAGCUAUUAAAAGUAAAGUUAAACAGGAACCAAAUACUUGUUGUGAAUCAUCUCCAGAUAACAGUUUGUCAAAUUUCAUUAAAAUAACCAACGGCAAAGAAAUUCCUAUAGAAAAACUUCCAGACCCGAAGAAACAGUCCUUAAUAGAACAAGGUCAUGACCCGUUAGCCAACACUUCCAGUUCAUUACCCAUCAUGAGGUCUACAAACCUAUUUUCUGCUCAUUUAAGAGAAAAAUCAGACCACUAUAACAAAUAUGAAAAUCAUAGAAUAAGUCGAUCUGUAGGUUCCUACUCGGAAGAAGACCAUAAGCUGGUAUUGAGAAGUGAGUUUGAACUGGGUUCUGAACCAUUGUUAAAUCAAGAACAUACCGAAAAUAAAGAAGAUCAGAAAGUAUUUUUGAACAAAUGGCUAGCCACUGCACCUAGUUUUGUUUGUAGCAGUGAAGAGACUCUGUCCGAGCCUCAUGGUAAUGCUAUUUCUGAGAAAAGUCCUUUGAUGGCCAGAACUAAUGCCUUACGUACCACUACUUCCUUUAAUUUGGUAAGACCGAAGUAAAACUGUCACACUUGUCAAUUAUUGAGGUUUAUUACUUCUGCUGUUAUUGUUAUUAUUUUAUAAUAUACAGGAUAUUUUUUA